AUGAUAUUUGACAUCCAGAUGACCCAGUCUCCAUCCUUGUCUGCAUCUCUAGAAGACAGAGUCAGCAUUACUUGCAGAACAAGGGAAAACAUUGGUAAUGGGUUAGCCUGGUAUCAGCAGAAAGCAGCCCCUAAGGCUCCCCCUCCUCCGGAGAGCCAAUUGCUUGUGCCUCUUCCUUCUGCACCUUCCCCUGCCCCACCCUCUUCUUCCCUAUACCCCACCAUUCUUAAGGAGAAGAUUCCCAAAGAAAAACCUCCGAAACCUACCUCUGCGCUCCCUCCCAUCCUUCCUCCUAACCCUGACUCUUUUCUCACUGACCUUCUAUCAGAAGAACCUCCUUAUGCAGAUCCAGAGGAUCCAGAGAGUCCGGAUGGGCCAGAGACUGCAGCAGCGGGAGGACAGCCUGCACAAGUCUCCCCAGCCCCUUCACCCAUGGCUGGAAGACUCCGGGGAAUGCGAGAGCCACCCCCUGAUUCGACUUCUCAUGCUCUACCCUUGAGAGAGGGCCCAAACGGCCAACAGCAAUACUUGCCAUUCUCUGCCUUAGAUCUAUACUAUUGGAAACACCAUAACCCCCCAUUCUCCAAAGAUCCAAUAACGCUGACUAACCUGAUUGAGUCUAUUUUAGUCACCCACCAGCCCACUUGGGAUGAUUGCCAGCAACUCUUGACCUCAGAAGAAAAGCAAAGAGUCUUUUUGGAGGCUCGGAAAAACGUCCCAGAUGACAACGGUAGCCCAACCCUUUUGCCUAACGAAAUUGAUGAGGCCUUCCCUCUGACACGACCUGACUGGGAUUUUACCAUGGCUGCAGGCAGGGGACAUCUAUGCCUCUAUCGCCAGUUGCUAAUCAUGGGUCUCCGAGGGGCAGCACGCCGCCCCACCAAUUUGGCCCAGGUUAAGCAAGUAAUACAGGGAAAUGAAGAGACACCCUCAGCCUUCUUAUAAAGGCUCAAGGAUGCUUAUAGGAUGUAUACCCCCUAUGACCCUGAAGAUCCAGGGCAAGUUACAAGUGUAUCCAUGUCUUUCAUUUGGCUGUCUAGUCCGGAUAUUAGAAGCAAAUUACAGAGGCUCGACGGUCUCCAGGGGUAUACUAUACAAGACUUACUAAAAGAGGCAGAGAAGAUUUUCAAUAAGAGAGAGACUCCAGAAGAAAAAGAGGAAAGAUUAUGGCAGAGAAUGAAAGAUCGGGAGGAUGAAAGAGACAAAAGGAGAAAAAAAGAAUUAACUAGGGUGUUGGCCACCGUGGUUCAGGGACAGAAUAGAGAGGGAGACAGGAAGGGAGAACGACUUAGGGCCAAGGUGGACAGAGACCAAUGCGCCUAUUGUAGAGAACGAGGACACUGGAUUAAGGAUUGCCCCAGGAGGAACAAAGGACCUAGGAAGCCCAGGCCCCAAACCUCCCUCCUCACCUUAGAGGAUUAGGGAACUCAGGGCCAGGAGCCCCCUGAGCCCAGGAUAAUUCUUGAUGUCAGGGGGCAACCAAUCACCUUCCUAGUAGACACCAGGGCCCAGCAUUCAGUCCUGACCCAGACUUCAGGGCCACACAGCGAACGGUCUGCUUGGGUCCAAGGAGCCACUGGUGGCAAGAGAUAUCGAUGGACAACCAAUCGGAAGGUUCAGCUGGCUACCAGUAAGGUGACACAUUCCUUUCUGCAUGUUCCAGACUGUCCCUAUCCCUUGUUGGGUAGGGACCUCCUCACCAAGCUAAGGGCCCAAAUUCAUUUCGAGGACACAGGGGCUAAGAUAACGGGCCCAGAUGGAGGUCCCCUCCAAAUUUUGACCCUCCAGCUGGAGGAUGAAUAUAGACUUUAUGAGCCCCCAGGGCAACAGACAAUUGACAUGGACCCUUGGCUCAAUGACUUUCCAUUGGCAUGGGCAGAGACCAGGGGAAUGGUGGCUUUAUAACAACCUUUACUUAUCAUUCAAUUGAAGACAACAGCUACUCCUGUUUCAAUCAAGCAGUACCCCAUGUCCCAUGAAGCAUAUCAAGGCAUAAGGCUCCACAUAAAAAGACUGCUGGAUCAGGGCAUUCUCACUCCCUGCCAGUCACCAUGGAAUACCCUUUUACCAGUAAAGAAACCGGGGACUGGGGACUACUGGCCAAUGCAGGAUUUGAGGGAGGUCAACAAAAGGGUGGAGGACAUACACCCCACGGUCCCCAACCCCUACAACUUAUUGAGCACUCUGCCACCAUCCUACAUUUGGUAUACCGUAUUAGACUUAAAGGAUGCCCUCUUCUGCUUGCGGCUGCAUCCGGAGAGCCAGUCCCUUUUUGCCUUUGAAUGGAAGGACCCAGAUCUUGGACUUUUGGGUCAAUUGACCUGGACACAGCUCCCCCAGGGGUUCAAGAACAGCCUGACCCUCUUUGAUGAGGCCUUACACCGGGACCUGGCAGAUUUCCGGGUUCAGUACCCUGCCCUGACAUUGAGCCAAUACGUAGAUGACCUUCUUCCGGCGGCCGCUUCAGAGAAAGAAUGUCAGGAGGGUACAAAGGCCCUCCUACAGACAUUGGGACAAGCAGGAUAUCGGGCAUCAGCCAGGAAGGCUCGGAUAUGCCAGAAGCAAGUCAUUUACCUAGAUUAUCAAUUAAAAGAUGGACAGAGAUGGCUGACCGAGGCACGCAAACAGACUGUCACUAACAUUCCUGCCCCCCGGAAACCCCGCCAGCUGAAAGAGUUCCUGGGAACAGUGGGAUACUGCCACCUCUGGAUCCCAGGGUUUGCAGAGAUGGCUGCACCCUUGUAUCCAUUAACUAAACAAGGAACAAUGUUUGAUUGGGGACUGAUGAAUGGCCAAGCCUGCGCUCAGUUAAACGCAGGCAGAACCAAGCUUGGUCCAGGAGUUCGGGCACGGGGUCAUCGUCCCGGAGUACAUUGGGAGAUCAACUUUACAGAGGUCAAGCCAGGUCUCUAUGGCUACAGAUACCUCUUGGUGUUCAUAGACACUUUUUCAGGAUGGGUGGAAGCCUUUCCCACCAAACACGAAACCGCAAAGGUGGUGACCAAAAAGCUCUUGGAAGAAAUCUUUCCCAGGUACGGAAUGCCUCAAGUCUUAGGCACCGAUAAUGGGCCCGCCUUCGUCUCCCAGGUAAGUCAGUUGGUGGCCAAACUCCUAGGGGUCGAAUGAAAAUUACAUUGUGCGUAUAGACCCCAAAGUUCAGGGCAGGUAGAACGCAUGAAGAGAACAAUUAAGGAGACCUUAUCCAAAUUAACGCUUGCAACUGGCACUAGAGACUGGGUGCUCCUCUUACCACUGGCCCUGUACAGGGCCCGCAACACUCCAGGGCCUCAUGGACUGACACCUUUUGAAAUUCUAUAUGGAGCUCCUCCCCCAUUUAUAAAUUUCUUUGAUUCAAACACUGCCGAUUUUGCUGACAGUCCUUCUCUGGAAGCCCAUUUACAGGCUUUACAGAUUGUGCAAAGAGAGGUUUGGAAGCCACUCGCCGCUGCUUACCGAGACCAAAUGAACAAGCCGGUGGUACUGCAUCCCUUCCAGAUAGGAGAUACUGUUUGGGUCCGCAGACACCAGACCAAAAACUUGGAACCUCGGUGGAAAGGCCCUUACACUGUCCUUCUGACCACCCCAACGGCACUGAAGGUUGACGGCAUCACAGCCUGGAUCCACGCCUCACACGUUAAGGCCGCUCAUACAGCUGAGAAAGCAGAGCCAGCCACGACCCCAGCAUGGAGAAGCCAACACACUCAAAACCCCUUAAAGAUAAGGCUUACCCGUGGGGCCCUUUGA